AUGGCAACAGAAAGAAUUUCACAAAUUUUACCUACCGUCAAAUGCUCAGACUGUGGACGAGAUGUCCUCAUCCGCCGUUUGGGAGAUCACCUUUGCACAAGUCAGCCUCCAGUGCCGUCGCUACCCAUCAUUCCUCAAGCUAAAGAUAAAUUCAACAAGACGGGAAACAACAUUAGCAAGCCAAUCUCGCCAUUGCAGAGCCCCAACGGAUCUAGCUAUGGUAGCAAGAAGAAUGAUUUCUACUCUUCCAAUGCAACAACAACAACAGCAUCAGCAGCAGCAGGAUCAGUUACACCGCCCUAUUAUAGUGGGAUGGCGAGAGAUCUGCAACGUCCUGUAAUGAAGGACACCUAUACUGACGACUCAUACUCUGACGAUUUCUACAAGGCACCAUACAAGAGUUCUUACCAUAGCAAUAGCAGCAGUAGCAACAUGGAUUUACCGAGAAAAAAUAGCACCUCUCCUGCUCCCUCGAGUCCGAGCUCAUAUCGGAACAGAAAUGAUUCUAAUCCUGAUUUCAACACUCGCUAUGAAGGAACCAGAAAGCAAUCAUUAGGCAACAUUUAUCAGCAACAACAGCAAUCUUACUCCACACCCACUGCAAACACUUACAAUAGUAGCAGUGGUGCCCUGGACAAUUUGAUGGCCGAUUUGAUGAAUUCCAUGAACGAUGAUAUCCACUUGUCUGCUACAAACAUGAUGCCCUCACCACAGAGCAAAUCUUCGCACUGUGAUGUUUGCAGAGAGGAUUUUGAUUACAGAGACGAUGUGAAAACUGCUGGUGGAAAGUGCUACCAUAAGACAUGCUUUACUUGCCGCCUGUGUAGCACUCCCUUUGAUCAACGUCGCACACAUCAUGAAUACGAAGGCAAACUCUAUUGUGAGAGAGAUUUUCAUGUGGUCAAGAACCGUAUCAUGUGUGCUUCCUGUGAUCGAGCCAUUCCACCAUCAGUUGCACCGAUUAAGGCAUUAGGCAAAUUUUAUCAUCCAGGCCAUAUCAAGUGUUACCAUUGUUACGCAGGCAUUGAUGAUCGCACAGGCUGGAAGGAAUAUCAAGGCCGUGUGUAUUGCAGACAAGACUUCAAAUCACUCUUUUUACCAAAAUGCAGAGCGUGUCAUAAAACAGUUGAAAAGAAUGCAGUAUCUGCAAUGGAUGGAAAACUACAGGGCAAAUGGCAUUUGGAAUGCUUUGGAUGUCACACCUGUCGCAGACCCUUUCCCGACAAUACAUUCUAUGUGUUUGAGGAUGCGCCUUACUGUAAGAGGCACUAUCACGAGCUGAACAAUAGUUUAUGCAAACGAUGCUCGGAUCCAAUUGAAGGGUACUGUGCUUAUACCAGUCCAGAGAAUUGGAGGUUCCAUCCCAAUUGCUUUACAUGCGAGACUUGUUAUACAAGACUAGACAAUGAAUACUACGUAACAAAUGGAAGAAUAUACUGUGAAAAAGAUAUCAGACGCCAAUACCACCAAAAGAACUACAACUUGACCAAACGAAAAACACAAAUGUACAAUAUUUAA